UCGUACCAGGAAGUAAUAUGUCAUGAUGACAUCACUGACCACAGCAUUAUAUUUCAAUAUCUUGCAAAAGCUCAAUUGUAAAGUCUUCUUCUCAUUUGCAAUUGGGAUGGUGAAUGAAAAACAGUCCCUCAAAAGUUGCUGUGGCUAGGCUGACAGCUGGGAAACUUUAUCGUUUUCUCCACGGAGGAGGGGCCAGGAGGUGAGGCCACAAGCACAAGUGGAGGAGGCAAGGUCGCAUAUUGGAACGCACGCUAUCUAUUAGGCCAGCACUACAAAGAAAAUGCAAAUCUGCCAUUCGAAACCGGUGUAAACAUGGCGAUGCACCUUUGUAACCAAAUUGUGUCUAUAACUCUGUAUUUAGUCAUUUAGGUCAAAUCAUGCAUGGGCAUUUACUUUAUGCGCAAGUUGCAGAGACACGUGAAAUCUUUACCUUGAUUGAUUCAGAAUUAUCCUGUUGGUUUGUAAGAGCGAUGCUGGAUUGCGCUCUUCAUGUUGUUUGUUCAGAAGCCAGUUAAACAAAUUCCAGGAAACUCCCCCUAUGGAGGUUCAUUCCACAGCUAUGUUGUCAAACUGGUACUGCGCGUUAUGCCGUAGGUGUUUCUAUCUCUUUGAAAUCUGCUGGCAACAGCUAAAACUCGGGUAAUGUCGUUAAGAGAAUGGUUUCUAUAAUUUAUGAGUAAUUUUAUGCCGCACCGUUUGCCACAGCGCUGACGACAGACCAGACACCUGUGCAUUGAUCUUCAGAAAAGAUAUCUGGGUUUUGGACGGGCAUACAGGCUUAUUCCAUGGCGGGCUUGGCGACUGUGUGCAUCUCUAUGCUGGUACUACACCUGUCAUGGGGGAAGGCCAUCAUCAGGGACCAAAAUGUGUUUGUGUCAGGAGAGUCAGCAAAUGUUUUCCUGUCACGCUCUCUGCUGUACAACUACUUUGACUUUGAGGUGGUGACACAGGGCAAUCUGGAGAGGGAGUGUGUGGAGGAGAUGUGCUCCUACGAAGAGGCCCGGGAAGUAUUUGAAGAUGAUGCACUAACACAAGCAUAUUGGCAGCAGAAUCAAGAGUCCUUUGUUGAGGUGGACGUGGCAGGUCUGGUGUCUGGCCUGGUAGCGCUGGUGCUGGUGGCUGUCCUGGUCACAGUGCUCGGCUGCUACUUCUACCACAACAAAGGAAAAGACAGACGCAGGAGUGGCAAUGCUCCUGUUCAGCUGGCGGAUUCGCGUCCUGGUGAGUCCAUCCCCCUGUCCCAGCCGCCGCACCCUGUCCCUGGCCUGCCCUCCUACAACGAGGCCCUCAACCGUAGUGGCCAAUACGAUGCCCCCCCUCCACCGUACUCAGGGGGAGCUCCAUCAGAGGCCCCAGGGCCUGAAGAAGAGGGAGACUGACGCAGGACCUCUAAAGAUCGGAUGGAAAAAGGGGUUUUUCAAGGUCUCAGUCAUAUUGGUUGUAAUAAAGUAUUGGCAUUGAAUUACAUUUUAAGGACAUAGGCCUAGCUCUGACGUUAGUUUUGAUAGGAGUCGACCAUUGCAUACGUCACUGUGGACUAAUUUAUUUAAAUGCAGUGGAGGAAGGAAUAUUUUUAUUGGAUUUUUUUUUUGUAUUUAGGUUAGUGUUGGACCAUUGUUCUGUGCGUGUGUGUGUGUGUGUGUGUGUGUGUGUGUGUGUGUGUGUGUGUGUGUGUGUGUGUGUGUGUGUGUGUGUGUGUGUCAGUUAUUUUCUUUUUUUUUAACCAAUCUGUACUGUGAAACAGGUAAGCUACCCUGGGGUGGUUGAAUACAAUAAACCCAAGUGCCGGUUAUCUCCUGUCAUGUGUGUCUGAUUUAUUCCAUGCUCAGACUGUGAACAGAUGAUGGUCGUCCACUCUAGCUGUGGCUCAGUGGGUUUUAAAGCGUUGCCGUGUGGUGCGUGGGUUCCUAGACAAUACUCCAGCUUGGCCGCGCUCUCCACGGGAGAACACGAAAGGGUGGGGGGGUGUGCGUGCGGGCGCGCGAGACGACAAAAAUUGCCAGUCGGCUCGGCUGGACAGCCGGCUAGUCCGCUCAUCCAGCCAGCUCGAUAUGUUGUUUUGCUGUAAUGUCUGACAAAAAAAACUGUUGUGUUAUAUGAUUAUAGAGAUUAUAUAUAUUAUAUAUGAUUUUAGAGUAUAGGUCUAUGAAUGAAUGUAGGCUAAUAAAUAUUGGACACGGCGCUAGCACAGGUACCAGGUCAAGAAAUAACAUCGCACGGUUAAUCGAUGAUGUUGAUGCUGAGGCUGCGUGUAGGCUACCCAGGAUCCAUAUAAAAGCAUCAGUUUUCAAUUAUGUUCAUGGCCAGUUUAAAUACGAAGACAUGGACUGUUGCUAAGUAACACAUUCGUAGUACCAGCCCUUAUUAUAGUAACAGUGUA